GUGAAGGGGGCAGCAGACAGACCGCACCCUGCAGGGAGAACAGACGGGUAAACAAACGCUGCGCCGCUUCACCUGCUGCAUCGACUCCACCGACUUCCUGCUCAUGAUCUCCACGACGUCCAGCACAGCAGAGAUGGUCACACAGAGAAAACUGGACAUCAGCGAGGAAAAUGUUGAAGACACAUCAGGGAAACUGCAAUGUUGCGGUUGGCUGUUGGUGAUUGUGUCCUUCAUCUUAGCGGUGCUGACCUGCCCGAUCACAAUAUUAAUGAGUGUUAAGAUAGUGAAGGAAUAUGAGCGAGCCGUCAUUUUUAGACUCGGCCGGAUAUCAGACAGGAAACCCAAAGGGCCAGGACUGUUUAUGAUUUUGCCCUGCACCGACACCUUCGUGAAAGUCGAUCUGAGAACUGUGUCCUUUGACAUCCCUCCACAAGAGAUCCUAACCAAGGACUCGGUGACCGUGUCUGUGGAUGGUGUGGUUUACUUCCGUAUAUACUGCCCAAUCUCAGCUGUGACCAAAGUGUCCAACGCGCACUCGUCUACACGGCUGCUCGCUCAAACCACUCUGAGGAACGUGCUUGGGACCAAAAACCUUGCAGAGCUUCUAUCCGACAGAGAGGGUAUUUCACUCAGCAUGCAGGAAUCGCUGGACGAAGCCACUGAUCCGUGGGGAAUCAAGGUGGAGCGUGUGGAGAUCAAGGAUGUGAAGCUGCCUCACCAGCUGCAGCGAGCCAUGGCAGCAGAGGCAGAGGCCAGCCGGGAGGCCAGGGCCAAGAUCAUCGCCGCAGAGGGAGAGAUGAAGGCCUCCCGCGCUCUUAAAGAAGCUUCCAUUGUGAUGGCCGAGGCGCCCUCUGCUCUCCAGCUGCGAUACCUGCAGACUCUCAACACCAUCGCAGCGGAGAAGAACUCCACCAUCGUCUUCCCUCUGCCUAUAGACAUGCUGCAGUCUUUUAUGCAGAGAAAGUGAUGAUAAAACAAGCUAAAAUAACUCAGAUUUGCACUGAUAUGAUUGCAGUUAGAAAGCUUGUGUGGCAUCUGUCGCUAAAGCCUUUGUGUGUUCACUGCAUUAUUACCUCAGAAGUUUCCCAUAUUUUGCUAAGAAAGAAAGAGCUCUAUAUCAUAAUCCUAUAUUUAAACGCAUAUCCACAUUAAAAUCUCAUAUUUGUACACUUA